UAAUAUGAGCUGCGUUCGGGUCCACACAUCUCGACAUCAACUGAUCGUUCGACUCUCGCCCGUCACUGCUGCUCCUAUCCCCUCACAAAACCUCCUCCUUGCACUCAUUUACCGCCAAAAUGUUCCGCACAGCUCCUCGCAUGGCCGGAUGGGUGUUCCGUGAGAACCGCGUCCCCUACUACCAGCGCCUCUUUCAGCAGCACGACGGCAAGCGUCAGUGGUGGCAGACUUCCCGCAGCCCGUACAUCAUGUACCCCUACCUCAUCUCCGUCUACGGUCUCGGUGCUGGGCCACAAGACCUGGAUCUAAACAGAUUCUGGAGUGCCAUUGAUAUAUUAUCCAAAUUAGUUUCCCUGGAGCCAAUUGGCGGUGUACCUCUAUGCUAUUAUGGGCUGAUGGGUGGAAGGAUAUCGACGUUGUAUAUAAGCUAGAGCCCCAAUGUGCGAAUCUUUUCUUCAGCUCGUAUCGCUAUACAAAUACCCGAAAUGCGUAGCAGAAAACUUUUCCCUUCAUGAGCUUGCAACCUGAAUACUGGUAAAAGCCUGUAAUAUCGGCUUUUCCGGUUUCAAGGCUUCG